AAAUGUCUCUGAUAAUGACGCUCAAAACGGGAUACGUGUAUAUUGUCUCCAUAAUUCGGCAAGCCAUUCAACAUCUUGCUCUCCCGAACCCGAACGCAGUUCCUUACUCAAGAGAUAUCUUCAGAGCUAUGCGUUCUCGUAGCUGCUCUCUGAUACUUGUACCUGUGUGCUGUACUAUUAGCAAGACUAUCGCUUUCGCCAUUAAUGACCCGUCAACCGCUGCGACUGCACCUCGAAGUCUGCUGUCUUUUGACAACUUAUUGGUCAACAAUUCCACCGCUGCAGAAAACUCAGUCGGAUCAAGUUCUGCCUCAAUGGCAGUUGGAAGUUAUCCAUCAGGAAGAGGGACGAAUGACAUAAUAACCAGAGGAACCAAGGUGACGUCGAGAAACGGCAACGAAGGGGGUACUAUCAGCGUAACAAUCUACAACAACAAGGUGGAAUCGUCUGGUAAUGGCAAUGGGGGUAGUGCCAUAACGGUGACGAUCAACAACAACAACACCCACAACGGUUUGUACCAAAGAUUCGUAAAAUGGUGGAAGAGACUUUGGAAUUCUGAAGCUUCGAGUUCAACAAGUAGAUUUCGACACUAGGCGACAGAGUAAGACGGAAUAUGCCAAGAUUAGUCGAUAGAAAGUCGAUACGCGAAUGGAAAAGAAAACACUUGAUUUAAACUGCUGCAGUAUAGCAGAGGAAAAAAGGAGAAAAAAAUUGGCGAAGAAACCUAGCGUAAUCGAUUCAUCUGCGAAGGCCAACUGUAGGGAUGCAUGCGUUGCAUGCGUACCCUAAACAUCGCAAUUCAAAAUACUUGACUAUCAUUGGCAGAAUAAUAGCCAGUCCUGUUGUGUUCCAGC